AUGGCUCUCCGCGCCCUCUGCCACAAUUGGCGCGCGGCCACCGACGACCCCACCAACACCAUGGACCACCGCUUCCGCCCGCACAACUGGGUCAUGCUGGACUACCCGUCCCACGGCGACGACACCCGCGUCCUGGUGAACACCGAGACUGGUCGCUUCCACGUCAGGGACAUCCCAAUGCUCCGCCGCUAUUUCAUCGUCUCCGUCUCCACCGACGGGCUCCUCGUCCUGGCAGAGAAGGAACCGCCUCACGCCGCGUGUGUCCUCAACCCGUUCACGGGCUACAUGGUCCGGUUCGCAGCGCGCAUGCGUCCCAACGUGAUGGCGGCCGCCGUCUCGGGCUCUUCGCCGCUCUACCUCGUCAUCUACUGCAGCGAUUCCAAUAAGCUGUACAGGGCCGACCCUAGCUGCCAAGACUUCGUCAGGUACAAGAAGAAGUAUGCGUACCCUCUGGUUAGAAUCCCAAUGGCAAGUCGAUGGUGGACACGCAAUUGGGACAAAAAAGGGGCGAGAGAGCAGGAGGCCGCCGGCGGAGGGGGCGACGACUUGAGGCAGCCUACAGUGGCGCAGGGCCUGUCGUUCGACUUCUACCGGCAGCUCUGCCCCAGGGCGGAGUCCAUCGUGCGUGACUUCGUCCUGGACGCCGUCCGGAAGGACAUCGGCCUCGCCGCCGGCCUUCUUCGCCUACACUUCCACGAUUGCUUCGUGCAGGGCUGCGACGCGUCAGUGCUUCUAGACGGGUCGGCGACGGGGCCGGGGGAGCAGCAGGCGCCGCCCAACCUCACUCUCCGCCCGUCCGCCUUCAAGGCCGUCAACGACAUCCGGGGCCGACUGGAGCGCGAGUGCCGCGGCGCCGUCGUUUCCUGCUCCGACAUCCUGGCGCUCGCCGCCCGCGACUCCGUGGUCGCCUCAGGCGGGCCGGAGUACCGCGUGCCCCUCGGGCGCCGCGACAGCCCCAGGUUCGCCACGGCGCAAGACGUUCUCUCCGGUCUUCCCCCGCCGUCCUCGAACGUGCCGUCCCUCCUCGAUGUGCUCCGGAAGAUCGGCCUCGACGCCGCCGACCUCGUCGCGCUCUCCGGCGGCCACACCGUGGGGCUCGGGCACUGCACAUCCUUCGACGACCGGCUCUUCCCGCGCCCUGACCCCACCAUGAGCCCGGACUUCCUUGGCAGGCUGAAGCGGACGUGCCCGGCCAAGGGCACCGACGCGCGCACCGUGCUGGACGUGCGCACCCCCAACGUGUUCGACAACAAGUACUACGUGAACCUGGUGAACUGGGAGGGGCUCUUCGUGUCCGACCAGGACCUCUUCACCAACGCCACCACCCGGCCCAUCGUGGAGCGCUUCGCGCGCAGCCAGCGCGACUUCUUCGACCAGUUUGGCGUGUCCAUGGUCAAGAUGGGCCAGAUCAAGGUGCUCACCGGCGACCAGGGCCAGGUCCGCCGCAACUGCUCCACUCGCAACCCCGGCACCGCCGACGGCCUGCAGUGGUCGUCCCUGGUGCAGACCGUCGUGGACGCCGCUGCGGAGAGCCUCGGUUUCUAG